AUGAUGUCGGCAAAUGAGGAACAGGAUCGCGCGGCAGACAUCCAUUCGUCACUGGUUUUCGAGCCGGCAGCUCCUGCAGAAAAUGUACCGAUACUUACUGAGAACGAAGAUGUUUUCGAGGAAGAAACUUCAGGUUUCGACAUCUUGAAGGCAAAGGCAGCAGAGUGGAGCAGGCGGCUGAUAUGGUUUUAUGUGUCACCAGGCGGCUAUUUUUACUAUUACUGGACCUGUUUUGUAUCGAUCGGAUUACUGUAUAACAUGAUGGCUAUGGUGAUUUUUAUAUUCGAUGACGUAUUUCUCGGAUAUUUUUUUCAUUGGCUCUAUCUGAACAUAUUUUUUGAUUGCGUAUUUCUGCUCGAUAUUCUUGUACAGUCUAGGACAACUUACACUUUUGAUGGAAGCGAAGUGAAAAAUGUUAAGAUGACUUCAAAACACUACUAUAAAAGCUAUCGAAUUUACUUGGAUGUCGCUUCAUUGAUCCCAACAGAUUUCGUCCUUAUUUUUAAUAGAUCUAUCUCUUUGGUGCGAGCUGUACGUUUGUUCAAAAGUAAGUAUCUUAGUUUUGGCAUGUUACCCCAUUUCAUAAUCCCUAUUACACAAUUACUUAACGAUCAUUUCAUAGUUGUUUUUUAUCAAAUUUACAUGUCUGAUAACUAA